UAAGGGUUAUUUAUGAUAAAGCAGCUUUCGCUGCUAAGGAAGAGGAAGUCGACACGAAGGCGAAUAAAGACUUGAUUAAGGAGACAGCGUAAGGGCAUGUGAUCAUCUUAAAUCAGGUUACUACUGUCAAUUGAAUCUUCAUACUGCACACACUAGGCACCAUCACUCUAACCUAUUGCAAUAUCAUCUCCUAAACGAUGGCAGGACGCGGUCGUGGGCGCGGCAAGACCGCAAUGACCCUGAACCCCGAGCAAUUUGGGUUCGCAAAAGGAGAGCCCAUUGCCCUACCUCCAGUGCUCCAGCCCCCGAUGAAAUAUCCCCUUCUGGACUACAAGGCUCCACCUUUCCAGCUAACAGUCGAGCUAUCAUACCUUCUCCAGUUGAAACGAGACUUCAGCGAACACCUGAGGGAGUCCCCCAGCAACGUCCAGCCAAUAGUAGUGAAGAAGGAUAUCGAGAGGUACUCAGACAGAUACCAGGAUAUGAUAACAGACCAAUCGACCUACGAGGAGAGGUACGACUGGUUCAGACUCCCGAAGGAGUUGAGAUGCGGUGGGCGGAAACGAAAGGCCAAAGAGAAAGCUGCGGUGAAGCCCAAACAGAAGAAGAAGGAAGUCGAUGUGGAGAAAAAGCUUCAGGAGCUGGAGAAGAAAGAGGGCACUCAGAAGAGCGACGACGAGGAGGAGGGUAAGGACGACGAGGACGAGGAGGAGAAGGACGGGGAUGAGGCCGUCGAGGACGAGGAGGCUGAGGUCGACGAAGAAAUGGACGACGGCACUGACUACGUUAACAACUACUUCGACAAUGGCGAGGGAUAUGAGGAUGAAGAAGACAAUCUUGAUGAUGGUCCAAUUUAUUGAAUUUCUAGGAAAAAAAUGCAGUUGCAAUUGGUUUUUAAGGUGGUUUGGUGGUCAACGACUCUUGACAAAAUUCAUCUAAUUCAUCGAGUGAUGACUUUUUCCUGGAGUACGACGGAAAUUUCACUUAAGUGUAAAUAAUUAAUUCUAUCAUUAAAUAAAAUAGAAAUGGA